AUGAAAUUUUACACUUAUUAGAUCCUGAAGGAAUCGAAAAUAGACAACGCCAUAGAUUGACAAGAAGGAAGUAUAAAGUCCCUGGGCCAAACUUCUUAUGGCAUGUCGAUGGGUACGAUAAAUUAAAACCCUUUGGGUUUGCCAUACACGGUUGCAUAGACGGUUUUUCGCGAAAAAUGUUAUGGCUGGAUGUUGCAACAUCCAACAAUAAACCUGAAAUAAUAGCGUAUUAUUUUUUGAAUACUCUGAACAAAUUUAAACUGGUACCAACGCUGAUGAGAUCUGAUUUGGGAACUGAGAACGUUCUCAUAGAGAGGCUACAGCAAGGGCUUCGUUUUUAUCACGAUGAUCAGCUGUCUGGAACGAAAAGCUUCAUCAAAGGGAAGAGCACAUCAAAUCAACGUAUCGAGAGCUAUUGGUCGCAGCUGAGGCGACAAGGAGCCGAUUACUGGAUUUCAUUUUUCAAGGAUAUGCGUGACCAAAAUACUUUCAAUGAUUCAGAUCCUAUCCAAGUUCAAUGUUUGAGGUAUUGCUUCGGCCAUCUCAUUAAGAAAGAUUUGAGAAUUAUUCAACAAGAAUGGAAUCGCCAUCGUAUUCGAAAGCAAAAGUCUCGUGAUUUGGCACCAGGCAAACCGAACUCCAUGUUUUAUCUCCCAGAACGCUAUAACGCUACGGAUUACGCAAUUAGCUGAAAUUCUUCUACCCGACCACUCUCCACCAAAUACCGUAGAAAAUGCUGUCCAAUUGUACACCUCUUUACUCAACCUUGUGAGAAAUAAUGAUGAAUGCAACGAAACGAUUAAUUGAAAUACCGAUGGGAUUAAGUGUAAUAAAAAAUAUAUUGAAUAAUGCGUUUCCUUA